GCCGCCCUCCUCUUCCUCCUCUUCCUCCUCCCGCUGCUCUGUGCAGCCCCCGAUGUUUCAAGGGGGAAUAAGCUUAAACAGAUGCUUCAGAAACGAGAAGACCCUGUUGCCAUGAAGCCCGAGGUGUCAGUGAAAGAAACAACGGCCAAGGAGUUCCUAAACAGCCUGAGACGCCAGAGGCGCCAGCUAUGGGACAGGAGCCAGCCUGACGUACAGCAGUGGUACCAGCAGUUCCUCUACCUGGGGUUUGAUGAGGCGAAAUUUGAAGAUGACAUGUCCUACUGGACCAGCUUAGGCCGUGCUCGCAAUGAAUACUAUGGUGGAUACUACCAGCACCACUAUGAUGAAGACUCACCGAUUGGUCCACGAAAUCCACACACUUUCAGGCAUGGAGCAGGUGUCAACUAUGAUGAUUACUAA